UGUAAAACAGCUUUCUCGUUUUAGGUCGAUGAGUGCGCUAAAACGAAUUUAAUAUUCAUAAAAUAAUCAUUUUGGUUAUUAUUAUUGGCCGAAGUAAGAAUAUCUUGCGUAUUUAUGAAAGAACUGGCAAUUAAAAGUAAUGAUAAUGGGUUUUGAAAAUUCGCCUUGAGCUGCGAAUUGGUGGCAGUUUAUCAGUCCUAUAAACCCUUUCAAACACCUCCCCAUUGGCAUCUGUUGCCAUCUUAAUAAAUAAUUUCAUUCCUAUAAUUAUUGUUAUACACAUUAAUGUACACAUUAAUUUUUUGAAAGACAUGUAGUGCAACUGAAAGAUAACCACGUUAGAAUGACGGCUGAGGCCGGUUCUGUUGACAAACCACUGACAGCCACGCAUGCCCCAGCUUUUCCGGUACUCGUGGCGAAGCCCCCUCCCCACUUCGAGUACAACCACAUGGCAGUGGUACAAAGUACCCCAUCACAAGCUAGUGAGGUGGCGCCAGAACAGCCAGCACCGUUAGAACCCAGCUGUCCAGCACCUACAGAUUCACCAGAUUCAACAAGCCAGGUAGAGCCCAACCGUUUGGUCCAGGUAAUCGGCGAUGCCCAAGGUACCCUCAUAACGCCACAAACAUCUCAUCACCUAGACAGCAAUUGUGUUAGCAAUAUCUGCAAAGCUAUCACCAACAUGACGCACAAGAAUAGUGCUAAAUUGAUGAUCUGUGCAAUAGGCAUAUUCGUUUGUUACUUCUACUAUGGUGUGCUUCAGCAGAAGAUAACUCAGGGUAUUUACGGUGAAGGUGAAAAUAUUGAAAGUUUCACCUAUAUGUUCGCGCUGGUAUCGUUUCAAUGUGUCAUUAAUUACUUGUUUGCAAAGCUGUUAUUGGUGACGGUUAUGCGAGAGGGUGAAGAUAGUACCAGAACAGUUUACUAUGCAACUUCAGCGCUUUGUUAUUUGCUGGCAAUGGUCAGCAGUAAUAUGGCACUACAGUUCGUUAGCUAUCCUGCACAAGUGGUUGGAAAAGCUGGCAAGCCUAUUCCAGUUAUGCUUCUGGGGGUUCUUCUGGGGCACAAAUCAUACCCUCCUCAGAAAUACCUAUUUGUCUUCCUAAUCGUCCUGGGUGUGGUCCUCUUCAUGUAUAAGGAUGGGAAGUCUUCAGGGAAAUCUGAACGUGUCGGAUUAGGCGAGCUGCUUCUAUUCCUCUCAUUAGCAAUGGAUGGAUUUCUUAGUGCAGUGCAGGAACGAAUGAGAGGAGAACAUCAAACAAAAUCUGGACACAUGAUGCUCAAUAUGAACUUCUGGUCCAUGAUAUUCAGUGGAAUUGUCAUUAUAAUAUCUGGUGAAUUAGUGGACUUUGUAGCAUUUAUAGAGAGACAUCCGAGCUCUAUUAUUCAUAUUUUGACGCUGGCUAUGGCCGGCGCAUUUGGACAAUUUUUCAUAUUUUUAACUGUAGCCGAGUUUGGUCCACUGCCGUGUUCGAUUAUAACUACUACUAGGAAAUUCUUCACUAUUUUGGGCUCAGUAUUACUAUUUGGUAGUACUCUUCUACCAAGACAAUGGGUGGGUACAGCGAUUGUAUUCUCAGGAUUGUUUUUAGAUGCUGUUUACAGCAAAAGUAAAAGUGUAAAAAAACAAACAGAUAAAUAGAUAAGUUCAAUCGAAUUAACUUCCAAAGUUUUUGAUAAUAGAUAGUAUUAUUAAUUCAUCUUUUUGACUUUCUACCGACUUUUGAGAUGACACAUGCGACAAGUGACUUAUAAAUUAUUUCUACGGAUUCUCCCAACAUUUCUACCUGACAUUUUUUAAAUUAAUUUGACUUUUUGAAAUAUAUCCAUGAUUGCUAAUUUUA